AACCAAGCCUGGGUGCACAUAUAAGUCACAUAACUCUGGAGUACGUUAUUCCAGAGGAAAGACAAGUAUCACUUUACAGACAUGCUAUGGGUACUUUUUUCCCUGCUUACAUUUGUACUCAUACUUAUUCUCCUCUACUACCCUCGCACCAGACGGGAAAAUGAGCCUCCUUUGGACAAAGGUCUCAUCCCAUGGUUGGGACACGCACUCGCAUUCCAAAAGGAUGUCGCAAAGUUUUUGUCUCGGAUGAAGGAAAAACACGGCGAUGUGUUUACCGUGUGCGUUGCGGGCCAUUACGUGACCUUGCUGUUAGACCCGCGCUCUUUCGACGAAGUACUUUUUGACGACAUUCGCCUGGACUUCACCCGCAGCAGACAGCAGCUCAUAAAUAGAGUUUUUGGUCUUCAGUUGCCAGGCGUGGAGCCGGCAGCGGACAGGAUGUUCAUGAAAACACAUUUUCGAGGUGUCUGUCUGUCGGAGAUGAAUUGUUCGAUGAGCACUCACCUUCAGGAGCUACUGCUAGGUGAUCUCUCCGGUCAAUCGGAGUGGAGACGAGAGGGACUCUUCAGCUUAUGUUACAGCCUCCUCUUCAGAGCUGGUUACCUCACGCUGUUUGCCAACACGCAGGACGUCAAUACAGUCUACGGCGAAUUCCGCAAGUUUGACCAUCUACUUUCCAAACUGGCUCGCUGCUCACUCAAAGGAGGGGAGCGCAGGACAGCCCACUCGUCCCGAGAACGACUGUGGGAACUUCUGUCUUCGAACGACGGGUGCAGUGGGAAGGCAGAGUGGCAACAGAACUACCAACGCUUCCUCCAGGAACAAGGAGUGGAUGCCGAGAUGCAAAAGAGAGCUCUUUUGCUGCAGCUGUGGACCACACAGUGUAAUGCUGGACCUGCAGCCUUUUGGCUCCUUGGCUUUCUGCUCACUCACCCCGAGGCUAUGAAGGCAGUCCAGUCAGAGAUAAGGGGCCUUCCUCUGGAGGACAGCUCCCUCCAGCAGACCCCCAGCAUGGCCAGAGAGAAGAGGACACACUGUACACCCAUACUAGACAGCGUUGUGAAAGAGACCUUGCGACUCACUGCCGCUGCAAUGAUCAGCAGAGAUGUGGUGAAGGACAAAGUUCUGCAAAUGGCCGACGGGCAAAAGUACCACCUAAGACGGGGGGAUAAAGUGUGUCUCUUUCCCUUUCUGAGCCCACAAAUGGACCCAGAAAUACACCAAGAACCGCAGAUUUUCAAAUACGACCGCUUCUUAAAUGAAGACCUGACAGCCAAGGAGGAUUUCGGCAAGGACGAUAGAAAGCUGAAAUAUUUUACCAUGCCCUGGGGCGGGGGCAGCAAUGUGUGCGUGGGGAAAGAUUUUGCAGUGACAACCAUUAAACAAUUUGUGCUCUUGAUGCUGACCCAUCUGGACCUGGAAUUGUGUGACCCAGAAGCUCAAGUGCCACCCGUCAAUUCAAGCCGCUACGGUUUCGGAAUGCUCCAGCCGGAGGGAGAUCUUCUGGUCCGCUACAGACCAAAGAGAAUAACGUCAACUUAAUUUAAUCAAUGGAUAUUUUAUUGGUGUAUAUUUAUUUAUUCCACCGUUAUUUUUGUAUAUACUGUACAUUUGUUAUGUUUAGUGUUUUUGUCACAUGGUUUUGUUCUAGGACCUGUUUGACUUACAGUAUUUAAUAAUUGACCUAAAAAUACAUUAAAAAACGUAAAUCACA